UUAUCGCACGGCCAAUUCCAAUUCUUCGGCCUCUCCCAGCCUCUUCUCCUUGAAGACCGAUCUAGCAUCUUAUUAGUGGACGAAGCGACGAGUAACGUGGAUGCAAUGACAGACGAGCUCAUGCAGCGUAUCAUUAGGGAGGGGUUCACUCAGCACACUACCAUAACGAUAGCUCAUAAAUUGGAUACUAUCAGAGACUCUAAUAUUAUUCUUAUUAUGUACAAGGGUAAAGUGCUGGAGGUUGGCACUCCUGAUGAGUUGUUAGCUAAGAACGUAGAGAAGAAAGCUAUGGGUGGAGGUAAGAAGUAG